AUGCAUCUUUUACGCACGCUAUUGUAUCUCUUCCACUUUGUUUUGAUGGCAAAUGGAUUGGCAAAUCAAGGUGCGGGUGGAGGUGCAGGAGGAGAUGCCAAGACUAGUUCAAACACUAUAGUGUGGAUUACUACAACCAUCGAUGGAAAGCUAACAACAGCAUCCACAACCUUCAGUCAGACCUUUAUGUCAACAUAUACAGAAGCAAAUAGUGAUGAUGUUGAAAGUGGAACUGUUGGUAUGGGUUCAUUAAGUGGAUCAGUAGGAACUCAUAGAUCUUAUGAUCAAACCACCAUAUCGAACGCUGCUCCGGAUGGAGCUGCUUAUGUGCCAUACAACUUGUAUGCUGGAUUUGUUGGUGGAAUUGCUGUGUUGUUGGGGUUGUUUUAA